GUCUACGUUGAGGCGUUGAAGCAGUGAGUGUACACAUUUGGCAGUGAUACAAUAAAUACAUACUAUACAUACAUACAUACAAUCGCUUGUGCGUUAUUUAUUUCAUUAACUUAAGCAACUAAAUAAACUAAACAACAAAACAAAAUGAGCUCCGCUGAAUAUUAUCCAUUCAAGUGCACCCCCACUGUUUACCCCGCUGACCCCUUCGAUCCCGUCGAGGAUGCUGCCAUUCUGCGCAAAGCCAUGAAAGGCUUUGGCACCGACGAGAAAGCCAUUAUUGAAAUUUUGGCACGUCGCGGCAUUGUACAGCGUCUGGAAAUCGCUGAAGCUUUUAAAACAUCCUACGGCAAGGAUUUGCUUUCCGAAUUGAAAUCCGAAUUGAGUGGCAAAUUUGAGAAUGUUAUCGUAGCCUUGAUGACGCCAUUGCCACAAUUCUACGCCAACGAAUUGCAUGAUGCCGUCUCUGGCGUAGGCACCGAUGAGGAGGCGAUCAUUGAAAUUCUCUGCACACUUUCCAAUUACGGUAUUAAGACUAUUGCACAGUUCUAUGAGCAGAGCUUUGGUCGUUCAUUGGAGUCAGACUUGAAGGGUGACACUAGCGGACAUUUCAAACGCCUAUGUGUGUCGUUGGUGCAGGGCAACCGCGAUGAGAAUCAGGGUGUUGAUGAAGCCGCUGCUGUGGCAGACGCACAAGCCUUGCAAGAAGCCGGCGAAGGCCAAUGGGGCACCGAUGAAUCCACAUUCAAUUCGAUUUUGAUCACACGUUCCUACCAGCAGCUGCGACAGAUUUUCCUCGAAUACGAAAAUCUCGCUGGACAUGAUAUUGAGAAGGCGAUUAAGCGUGAAUUCAGCGGCUCGGUGGAACGUGGCUUCCUCGCCAUCGUGAAGUGUUGCAAAUCGAAGGUCGAUUACUUCGCCGAGCGUUUGUACGAGUCCAUGCACGGUAUGGGCACCAAGGACAAGACGUUGAUUCGUAUUGUGGUCAGUCGUUCAGAAAUUGAUUUGGGCGAUAUUAAGGAAGCAUUCCAAAAUAAGUAUGGCAAGAGCUUGGAAUCGUGGAUCAAGGAGGAUUCACAGUCUGAGAUCGGUUUUGUGCUAGUCACUAUGGUCGCUUGGUAGUUCGACAAGAUGCAGUAAACAACGUAGUGCAGCUUGAAGCAAGGCAGCCUGUUACACUAAAACAUAUAUUUAUACAUAAUGCAAUCCAUACAUAUAGUAUGUGUAAAGCUUUAACAUAAUAUGAAUUUACAUUUUUUCUAAUGCAAAUUAUUUUACUAAAAUUGAAAAUUGAUAGAACAAAAAAAUACGAACCAAGUUCGGAAGCUUUAACUUUUUUACAAUGUUUUUUGUAUUUUACUUUGCGUGUAUUACCUAGAUAUUUUGGUAUUAGCGGCUAAAUUUGUAAUGUUUUUUAUUGAGGUAGAAAUACGCAUUUUUUUUUAGUAUUUUUUCGAAAUUCUAUACAUUCUAAAACAUUCAAUUUUUAUACAUUUACACAAAAAUGCUAUUACGAAUAUAUUUUUAAUAAAUAAAAUUAGUUUUUUUUUAAUUUUUAUUUUAAAUAUUAAGUAUACCCACC